AUGGCAGAUGUAGAUGAUCUCGCUUGCUUAUAUACUGCCCUCAUCUUGGCCGAUGAUCAAGUAGCAAUCACCGGUGAAAAGAUUUCAACCCUUCUCAAGGCAGCUGCAGUCUCUGUUGAGCCAAACUGGCCAGGGCUUUUUGCCAAAGCAUUGAAUGGACUCAAUGUGAGAGAUCUGAUCACCAAUGUAAGAAGUUCUGCUGGCGCUGGACCUGCAACCGUUGCUGCCCCAGUUGCUGCUGCUGCUGCCCCAGCU